GCAGAGCGCAUACCGCGUGCUAACGAGGAUCACACGCUACUGUCUCGACGAGCAGCUGCACAAACGCGGUGCGCAGGUGUGCGAUAGUAUGUCGUUGCCAGCUAUCAUCGGUUGCUGAUUUCUGCUCGAUGCGACUACGGGAGAUUGCGGUAUUCAAUCGUACUGUCCUGCGACCCGGUCACGUCCUGAUAAGUGUGGGAAGCCCGUGUCUGAUAACACGCGAACGCGAUACCUCACUCCAUUGUGGCUUGUGAGUGGUGCUACGGCUGAGCUGCACGGAUUAUUGCUUCUGAAAUAUGGGAGCCCCACUCCUGGAGCAAGAGCUCUCGCUGUACGAUCCGGCUCUGCUUCUGAGUCUCGAUUUCUUUCGCUCGCCGGCCAAAUUCAAUCCACGCAUCUCGGCAGCUGUCCCAGGAGAACCAUGGCUUAAAGUUCGACCGCUACAGACGGGAGAUUUUCACCGUGGUUUCCUGCAGAUACUGUCGCAGCUGACUAAGGUUGGCGAUGUCUCGCUCACACAGUUCCUCAAUCGUUUCGCGCAGAUGCGAGCGAGCGGCGACUAUUACGUGACGGUCAUCGUGGACACGCGUCUUGACAAGAUUAUUGGCAGCGCGACGCUCGUACUCGAGCGCAAGUUUAUCCACGGAUGUGGCACGCGCGGCCGGCUGGAGGAUGUCGUGGUAGAUGAUACGUAUCGCGGCAAGCAGCUCGGCAAGCUCAUCGUUGUCACGGUAACCCUGCUAGCAGAUCAGCUUGGCUGCUACAAGAUGUCUCUGGAUUGCAAGGACAAGCUGAUACCGUUCUACACGUCGAUCGGUUACGUGCUGGAACCGGGCAACGCCAACACGAUGAACAUACGUUAUGAAGCGGGCGUUGGCGGUGCCGGCGUUGUCAGCAACCGGACGGCCGGCCACGGCAAUCAGCCGGACGAUACGGAGCCCUCCUGACAAUUAGCCACCGGUGCUGCUGUAAAUAGUAAAUCCAAGCUCUAGGAACCUUCCGCUGUUCCGCCGGACCCCACGCACAGGUCGUGUCCGGGCACGCUUGCCAACGCAAAAUUCCGAAAAUCACCGCGUAUUUUUUUUAUUUUGCAAUUGGAUUUACUUAUUCACAGGACCCCGGGGGAGCCAGUGCUAUUAGCAAUGAAGCAGUCAUUUGCGCAUUUGCAAUACUUGCCCCCGGCAGCAGCAUCUGGUACAUAAUAGGAUUGUUUUUAAUUUGACCUUUUAUUUUUAUAAUUUCUUCUCCACUUACAGUGUUAGUAGUUUAAACUUUUAAAACAUUUUCUUCAAAGCUAGCUAGCUUUUAAAAUUUUACUUCAAUUGUACAUGGUGGUUGUGCUUGAGCUUAUUACGAACUUGGGUAAUAAAAUUAAAAUAAAAACGAA